GUCUCUGAUCUGACUGCAUUCUUAUUCCAAAUAUGUCAGAGUGAUUUUCAGUUGAGAUCAGGCUACAUCUAGUGUGAGAUUUGCCUUGGAUUUCUCACACCACCUCUCUGGUAGUAGUUGACCUGCUCAGCUCUGGAUGCUAGGGGAGCUCGAGGCUUAGAGCCUGAGCUCAUUUCCCAUGGGUUGCUUGCUCAUAUUGUAGACAUUCUUGGUGGGGCAAGUCCUCUCCGACCGAGCUUCGUCCUGACGGCUCAGCUCGUCUCUGAGCUGAAGGAAUUGCUCAUCCCAUGUCAAUGGCACUUCUGCUCGGACCUCAAUCACCUUCAGCUCAAAGACGUAUCUCUAGUAGAUAAUUGUUACUAUUCUCAUGUGAGGGACCAGUUUAGUUUUCCCCACAGUAAAUAACAUUCUACCGAGAUGUACUUGUCAUGGGAUCAAUGGCUUGGAAAAUGAAUGUGUAUGAGAAGGAAGCCUAUCAUUGAAACACUCUAAUUUUCACUUUGAAGCCGAUGAAAUGUGUGCUCAACCAUGUACUGGAAUGUCCAAAUGUUGUGAUCGAUCCUGCUUGGUGCAGUACAAGUCACGGUGCUCUGAAAUCGCUGGAUCAUUUUUCUCUAUUGGAAAAAAAUAAUAAUAAAUAAAUAAAUAAAAGAUAAUCAUUUAAUUAAGGUGACACUAAUCUUAAUCUAACUAUCUUCUUUUAUCAAGUAUGCUACUGCACAAGUGCUCGACAUGCAAGAGGAGGUGUAUGGAGCCCAAGUUGACAUGAAUUUGUGGAAACCAAAACUUGCGGACAACUGGCAAUUCAGCCUCGCCCAGUUAUGGAUUGUCAAUGGCAAUCGCGAGACAAGAAAUACCAUAGAGGUUGGAUGGCAUGUAUUUCCUUUCUUGUAUAUCAACACCGAACCACGGACGUUAGCGUAUUGGACGGCAGACGGAUACAAUAAUACAGGCUGCUACAAUUUGGACUGCGUUGGUUUGGUGCUGGUACAUUCAACGAAUACUCUCAUUGGUAAACCAUUAGCACCAUUCUCUCAGUACAAUGGAGAUCAACAUGAUAUUACCAUCAAAGUACAAAAGUGA